CAUAACGCAUUAUGCGAACGAACAUCUCGAGUUGUCUCAUACGACGUCCCAAAGAGUUUCACAAUAAGAUCUUCAGAGCAUUGACUUGAGAUACAAGAAAUAAUUAGUCAUCCUUUUUCUUGGUCCUGUUUUGUUUCCAGUUGAAAUCGUCACUUACAUGAGUUUUCUUUGCAUAGAGUGAGCUUUGAAGUAAAGAACUAUGACUUCUGACACAGAGGAAAAGAACAGCAGCGACAUAGUUCCCCCAAGCGGAUCAUUUCGGUCGACCGAUCACAAUCCUGUGAUGGAAAACGUUGGAGGCACGGACGGAUCCAGCGUAAGGGAGAAUCGGGAGAAGAAACGGAACGGGCUGGUGAACCAGAUCAAGCGGUUUGCAGGGAAGCCAGCUCGGUUGAACCGGUCGAAGUCAACGACCGGUCAGGCCUUGAGAGGGCUCAAGUUCAUCAGUAAGGCUGACGGUGCGGAUGGCUGGACCGCCAUGGAGGAGAGGUUUGAAAAGAUCACGGAAACUACUGAGGGAUUGCUGAUUAGGUCAAAGUUCGGUGAAUGUAUAGGGAUGAAGUCAAAGGACUUUGCCUUGGUAUUGUUUGACGCAUUAGCUAGAAGAAAGAAUAUGACAGGGGAUGUGAUUGAUAAGGCAAUUUUAAAGGAAUUCUGGGAACAAAUAAGUGAUCAGAAUUUUGAUUCAAGGCUUAUGAUAUUCUUUGAGAUGAUGGAUAAAGACGGUGACGGUAGACUAACUGAAGACGAAGUUAAACAGGUCAUCAAUCUUAGUUCGUCAACCAACAAUCUGUCGGCCAUCCAGAAAAAGGCAGAUGAAUAUGCAGCAAUGAUUAUGGAAGAGCUUGACCCAAAUAAUAUAGGAUACAUCAUGGUAGAAAGUCUUAAAAAAUUGCUUAUGAAAGCAGAAACAGAAACACUAGCUGAAAUCACAAAUAGUCAAGAUCCAAAGCAAUUCAUUGAGGAGCUUAAAACUACGCCUGACCCUAACCCGUUAAGGAGAUGGUACCGUGGACUCAGAUUCUUUGUUCUAGAUAGCUGGCAGAGAAUUUGGGUGAUAGCGCUAUGGCUCAGCAUUAUGGCCAUCCUCUUCACAUACAAAUAUAUUCAAUACAAAAAUAGAGCAGUCUAUGAAGUGUUGGGGCAUUGUGUGUGCUUUGCGAAAGGUUCAGCCGAGACGUUGAAGCUGAAUAUGGCCUUGAUUCUGUUACCUGUAUGCAGAAAUACCAUCACAUGGCUUAGAAAUAAGACUAGAGUUGGUGUUUUGGUCCCUUUUGAUGACAACAUCAACUUUCAUAAGGUUAUAGCAGUGGGAAUUACGAUAGGAGUAAGCAUACACUCGAUUGUCCACUUGGCUUGCGAUUUUCCACGGCUGAUCGCAGCAACUCCAGAGGAAUACAAGCCUCUAGAAAAAUACUUUGGAGAAGAUCAACCUAAGAGAUACUCACAGUUUGUGAAAUCAACUGAAGGUAUAACAGGAAUCGUAAUGGUUUUCUUGAUGGCUAUUGCUUUUACACUAGCACUGCCUUGGUUUAGACGAGGGAAGCUAGAGAAAACGCUUCCCAGGCCACUAAAGAAACUUGCUAGCUUCAAUGCCUUCUGGUACACUCAUCAUUUGUUCAUUGUAGUCUACAUUCUCCUUAUCGUUCAUGGGUACUAUUUGUAUCUCAGUAAGGAAUGGUACAAGAAAACGACGUGGAUGUAUUUAGCAGUGCCAAUAGCUCUAUAUGCAUGUGAGAGACUGAUACGAGCAUUCAGAUCCAGCAUCAGGACGGUAAAAGUUGUUAACGCUGCGGUUUAUCCUGGAAACGUAUUGACAUUGAAAAUGUCAAGGCCUAAACACUUCAAAUACAAAAGCGGUCAAUACAUGUUUGUAAACUGCCCAAAAGUCUCACCAUUUGAGUGGCAUCCAUUUUCAAUAACUUCUGCACCACAAGACGACUAUUUGAGCGUACAUAUAAAAGUAAACGGAGAUUGGACAAAGGCUAUUAAAGGAGUUUUCUCUGAGGUGAUCUCUAAACCAGUUCCUGUUAAAGAUACGUCGCAUGGUGCACAUAAUCCCGAUUACCCCAAGAUUAUGAUUGAUGGUCCGUACGGUGCACCAGCACAAGACUACAAGAAGUACGAGGUGGUUUUACUGGUCGGUCUUGGGAUCGGUGCCACUCCGAUGAUCAGCAUUAUUAAGGACAUUAUCAACAAUAUGUAUGCCACGGAAAACGCUCAACUCCACCAAAUGGAGAAUGGAUUGCAAAGGAAGCCACAAGACAAAAACGAAAAAUUCAAGACGCGGAGAGCUUACUUCUACUGGGUAACGAGGGAGCAGGGCUCGUAUGAUUGGUUCAAGAACAUCAUGAACGAAAUCGCAGAACGUGACGUAAACAAAAUCAUAGAGCUACAUAACUAUUGCACUAGCGUAUUCGAAAAAGAUGACGCUCGCUCAACCCUCAUACGUAUGCUUCAGUCUAUAGCUUAUGCCAAGAGUGGUAAGGACAUUGUCUCUGAGACAAGGGUCAAGUCCCAUUUCGCCAAACCUAAUUGGGAAGAAGUGUACAACAAGAUAGCCAUGGAUCAUCCAGAUGGCACUAAUGUUGGAGUGUUCUAUUGUGGAUCACCGGUAUUGACAAAGGAGUUAAGGCGUCUAGCUUUGGAAUUUACACACAAGACGAAGAUCAGAUUCUCCUUCCACAAAGAGAACUUCUAAUUAAGGAAAAUGAAGCUUAUACCCCUGAUUAAGCAUGAUGACAAACAAGAUCAUGAACUUAUUGUGAAAGUAAGCGUGUUAUGUUUGUGAGUUUAAAGUUUUAAUUUGUGUGGUUAGUUUAUUCUUCUUUUCUGAAUAAAACUUGUGGUGAUUAUGUAAAGAACGAAGUGUGUGUUUAAGAGCUUUUUAAUUUAGU